AUGGCUGGCCAAGAUGCCUUUGCGAAGUCGCCUUCGCCGCAAUCUCACCACCGCCGCGGUUAUCAGGCCUGCGAUCCGUGUCGCAAACGCAAGGUCAAGUGUGAUUUGGGCAGUGUCGAUAAUCCUCGUCCCCCACCAUGCGUCCGAUGCCGUCGCGAAAGCAAGCGAUGCGAGUUCUCGGCCACUCGACGCAAGCGCAAGCUCUCCGACGCAGCAGAGGAGGAGCCUGUCGAGCCGGCCGUUCUGCGUCGCGACAAGCGCAUGAUGAUUGGCGAGGUAGCACAGAAAGAGGCGUUGAGUGAUGACUCGCCCUUCCCUCCAUCUGAGCAGACUUCAUUCGAUGCCGAUGGCAUUCGCGCUCAUCAGAAAUGGUCCGAGCCGUCCCCCGCAGCGGCGACCAGCCAGCGCUACACCCCCAAUGCGCCUGCUCCCCCAGCGCCAUCCUUCUCGGAUUCGAGAAACCUCCGGAUGUCCAUGUACCAACUCGGCGACCGACAUGCACCAUCUGGCUACGGCCUUGAGGGCGGGCCCAUGAUGAACCGGACUGCCGUGGAAUUGCUGUCGCCUGCCAUCAGCAAUACCCAUGAUGCGCUCCAUUUGCUCUCGGAAGCAGCGGGCAGAACAGAGGAUCUCAACCGUCAGAGGUUGGAGAAUCGAUAUGCUGCGCGGCAGUCGGUUUCUUCAUUUAAUUCUGGGCCCUCGCCACUGGCACAAGGAAGCUCGCCGCGGAGUUUGGGCGGAUCAUUUGCGAGGACACCUCGCCAGGGAGGGGCCAGCUAUUACCAAGGUACAUCGGGUCCUGUAGAUCCUCAGAUCUCGGAAGGAGGCGGCCAUCGAGACAGCCCGACGAACACCCAGGAUCCGGGUUACUAUGAAAACCUUGCACCGAUGAGCCCCGUCGUGAUUCCAGAUUUCUCCAACCCUUCGACCCAUCGUACAUUGCUUACAGAUGAGCCAGUGCUGGCGGUCACCGUUCUCACGAUUGCUUCUCGACAUCUGAAGCCCAAGGGUGAUGGAGCCGCCACACGAGCAUUUUACAUCCACGACCGCCUCUGGUCAUAUCUGCGUGGCAUGAUUGAGCGCCUUUUCUGGGGCCAAGAAAAGUUCGAUGCUGGUGGAGGCAUCAGCCGGCCCCGAUCGCUGGACCUGGCUCCAACUUCCGGUAAGGUCAACGUGAAAGGGAAUUUGAGAGCAUUGGGGACGGUCGAAGCCAUGUUGCUUCUGACCGACUGGCAUCCUCGGAACCUUCAUUUCCCUCCGGGCGAUGAUGAAAAUACGCUGUUGGACAUGGAUGGCCAGACGCAAAAUCGUUCCGACAGGGAUAUAGACACCGAAAGCGACCCGUCGAAUAACCGCGGGUCCUCUAGCGCUGCGGAAGGCCGACUUGCCUUUCAGAAAUGGUUGGAGCCAGCGUGGCGAUCCGACCGGAUGUCAUGGAUGCUGCUGAGCACGGCGCAAGCCCUGGCUUUCGAACUGGGCGUUUUUGACCACAAGAGCGAGUCCAAAGCUGCCAACGAGUCUCCCGCUGAGCAGACACGGAAACGCCGACUGCGUCGUCUCAUCCUAGUCUUUAUUACACAGAACAGUGGGCGUCUAGGAAUUCCCUCCAUGCUUCCCUUGCCACAGUGGGGUCAAGACAUCCAGCCGAUUGCCCCCGAUGCCAAAGACAACGACGCCAACAUCGACCGGAUGCAAGAUUGUUGGAUUGACAUCUCCAAGAUCAUGUAUCAGAGCAACCAGCUGCUCUUUGCUUCGAAUGAACAGACCUCAGAGCUGAUCCGAAGUGGGAGAUACCGGGAUCAAAUUGACCGAUUUCAGCCUUUCCUACGUGAUUUUAAGGAAAAUAUCGACAACAUAUCCCUGGCUCCAUCUAUGCGAAGCAUUUUGAUGAUUGAAUACGAAUAUACCCGCCUCUAUGUCAACUCCCUGGCUCUGCAGGCCGUGGUAGAUCGAUGGACCACCAUGUCCAAUGAGUCGGCUCAGACCCAAACCGGACGGCCAGGCUCGGGUCCGUCAUCGGGUAGCAGCGGGUGGUUCGGGACGUUGAUGGACAUCUAUCGCGUCAAUGAGCAAUAUAUCCAGGAAGUUGUGGAUGCUUCGCGGAAGAUUCUACAACUCGUUCUAGACGGUCUUGUCCCCGGAGACCGUCUGAAGCAUGCACCGAUUCGGACAUUCUUCCGAAUCUUAUCGGGCAUGAUCUUCAUCCUAAAGACUUUCACGCUAGGUGCUCGAGAAGACGACGUGCGUGUUUCUCUCGACUUGCAGGACCGGACGGUCGAGGCGCUCCGUACCUGCGUCGUCGAUGACGUUCAUCUUAGCAAUACCGUUGCGCGGUUGCUAGAGCUUCUCACGAGCAGCAUUCGCACCCGAUUCCUGCGCUUCGCACCUCAUGACCGCGGUGCAGAUGGCGAGGGCCAAGACCGCACAUCAGCUCCUGUCUCGCGAGCUCAGUCGCCUCCGCGUGAGAGUUCCACUCAUCGUCGUGAUGGUCCACACACACCUUGGGCAUCUGCCCAGGACGCGACCCCGGGUGGGAGUGGCCUCGGAUACUUGGAUAGCAACGGCGCCAGCAGUACUCCCAUGGGAACCAGUCACGACCCGCUGGCCAACAUCCCCGCGCAGCCGAUCAACUCGUCCAAUCUCAACGUCUCGUUCAUGCCGCCUCCGCCAUCCGUGUACUACAACUACUACGACCCGAACUCCAAUCAACUCUCGGGAGACAUCGACCGGCCAUCCCCAAAUCACGUUGCCUCAUCCCAGUCGAUGGAUGGGACCAAUGCAUCCGGCGGGCUUCCGGACUGGUUCGCCCUACCGCUGGACCAAUUCUUUAACAGCUCAACCGCGGUGGUCGAUCAGGGUCUUGGCGGAACCGGUCCGAUGCUGGGAGAGUUUGAUAUGUUGGAAGUGCUUCUGAACGAGGGGUAUGACGGCAAUGCGAACGGGGAGGGCGGCGACUCGACGGGAAGCGGCACGCUCCCGUCCCAGUUUCUGCAGUCGUGA